AAGCAAAGUCUUCUGGCCUUACAAUUAUAUUGUUUCUCAAUCGUAGCUGAGGCCCUCGUUUCUCUCUCUGAUAAUUCAUUGCUCGAAGUCUGAAAAAUCUUGAUUUUCUUCGUCCUUUGAAUCCUCAGAGCAAAAGGGUCGGUCUGCAUAGUCUUGAGGUCUGUGUCUUGGUAAUUAUGGCAUCCAAACGGAUCUCGAAGGAGCUCAAGGAUUUGCAGAAAGACCCUCCUACCUCUUGCAGUGCGGGCCCGGUGGCUGAGGACAUGUUUCACUGGCAAGCAACAAUUAUGGGGCCUGCAGAUAGCCCAUAUGCUGGAGGCGUGUUUCUAGUUUCUAUUCAUUUUCCUCCGGAUUAUCCUUUCAAACCCCCUAAGGUUGCAUUUAGGACAAAGGUAUUCCAUCCAAACAUUAACAGCAAUGGAAGCAUAUGUUUGGAUAUCCUCAAAGAACAGUGGAGUCCUGCAUUAACCAUAUCUAAGGUGCUGCUAUCUAUAUGUUCUCUGUUGACGGACCCCAAUCCUGAUGAUCCACUUGUCCCUGAAAUCGCUCACAUGUACAAGACAGACAGAGCCAAGUAUGAAGCCACUGCUCGCAGUUGGACGCAGAAGUAUGCCAUGGGAUGAAGGUGAAGUAGCUCCCAGGAUUAGUAAGAGGCUGCAAAUGCAUGGAUUCCAUCUCCUUUGGGUAAAAAAUGGAAAUGGGAAUGCCUUUUCUUUUUCUGGGAACUUAAAAUUCGCAGGGAACUUGGUUCUUAUUUUGUGAAUAUUCAUUUGAAGAUAUUGGAGAUGGAAGAAAAAAAAAAAAAAAAAAACUGUAUUGUAUUUGCUGCUAAGUUCAUGUCAAGUGAAUGCUCUGUUUGUUUCUUGCUACUCUUAAUGUUUUAAGUAAUAAUCCUUGUUGGGAACAAUUGCUUCUGAAA